GCAAUAAUAAACUUAUUCGAGAUAUGCGAGUAUCGAUUUUUUUAGACCUUUUUUUAGAUUUUUUUAUUUUUUAGAUAGGAUUUUUUUAGAUAGGAAAAGGAGGAUGGAGAGGGAUGGAUUCUCAGCGGCAAUAAACAAAAAAAAAACAUUCGUAUUAUCAUCCUCGUGUUAUCGCAACACUUUAUCAGAGUGCACAUAUUUGAAGUACAUUUGUCUGCGAUGCUGAUAUAUAACACGAUACCGCGAUGCGCGCUGUCCGCGGUACGCUACAACCCAUUCACAGGCUUCACUUGAUCACAAACGUAUAUGUCCAACACGCGCACGAUGUACGCUCAAUUCGCGAGUGUGUUAUGUAAAAUCGUAAAAUCCGGUAGCGGAUCCGUGAUGCGCAUUCGGCAGCUAUCAACCACAGCGAAUAAAGCCCGUGAGAUGGAGGAACGAAAGGUCAAAGUGGGCGACACGGAAAUCAAUUAUGCUAGGGUCGGGACAGGUGAUCAUCCGGUGCUGUUGUUACCUGGCGCCUUGGGAACGAUAUGGACCGAUUUUAGGCCACAGAUGGAGAAUCUGAACGCGGAGAAGCUAACCGUAGUCGCGUGGGAUCCGCCCGGUUACGGAAAGUCGCGACCGCCCGACAGGACCUUCCCGGACGAUUUCUUUCAGCGCGACGCCGCGUGGGCCCACAACCUGAUGCAGACCCUCGGCUAUUCGAAAUUUUCUCUCAUCGGCUGGAGCGACGGCGGCAUCACAUCGCUUCUGCUUGCCGCGACGUAUCCCGACAGCAUCCGCAAGAUGGUUGUUUUCGGCGCGAACGCGUACAUACAUCCAGACGAGAUAAAGAUAUAUGAAAGCGUUAGGGACAUCAACAAAUGGUCGGAAAAAAUGAGGACACCCAUGAUACAAGUCUACGGUGAGGAUUAUUUCAAAAAGACGUGGUCGAAUUGGAUAGACGGUGUGCUGAGAUUGUACGAGAAGCAAAACGGCGACCUGUGCAAACAGGUUUUAUCGAAGAUAAGAUGUCCGACUUUAAUUAUUCACGGAGCCAGAGACGCGAUGGUCCUGCCGGAACAUCCACAAUAUCUGAAGCAAAAUAUCGCCGACUCGAAACUGCAUAUCUUCGAGAAAGGCGCACAUAAUCUUCACUUAAGAUAUCCCGAAGAGUUCAAUAGUUUGGUUACAGAUUUUCUGGUUGAUCAAGCAAAACUGUGAUAAUUUAUUGUGAUACGCACAUACAGUGCUUGCAGCGUGCUACAUUCGAGAUAUGUACCGAGACAUCCUUCGCACAUAGUUAGAAAGCGGUCUUGUGCCACUUAUUAUACAAGUGCCUUUAUAUCCAAAGAGGGCCAGAGAGUACACGGCGCUUUUUCGUCGUUCGACUUGCCCGACGAUCGAACGCGGCCGUAUAUUGAACGGGGAUUGACCAAACAGCAACAUGCGCGACCCCAAAUAGCGCUUUGUAUAAGAGUCUCGUGUAACCCAGUAUCGAAACUAGAGAUAACACUUACCAUUACAUUAAAUAUUACAUUGAAUAGAAGGCAUGGGUCGUGAGCGUUUAAUACCGACCCAUUUCGAUCAGAAGAUAAUAUAGUUCAAAGUUCAAUUGCUCUCGCUUCCGACUAUCUCGGAAGUUGAUUAAAAAUAAAGCUGAAAGUAUGUUGUGUAUUAAAAAGUUAUUUGUCGCACAAUGGAAACUGAAAGAAAAUGAAAUAAAUACACAAUUUGUAAAAUCUAUUUUAAAUACGCGAAGCAAUAUCGAAAUGGAGAAAAGUCUACAAUUCUUAAAAUCUACUUUAAAAUAUAAAAUCUAGAAUGUACUUUUCUUGUUUAUAUAAGUUAAAUAUAUGACGUUCUUCUUUUAUAUAAUCCCUUUAAUUGUAUCUUAUUAGGAAUUGCGAAUUUUUGUAUAGUUAAAUUUUUGGAGAUGGAUAUCCUCGUAAAUGCAAGUCACGAGUGGUUGCAUAAUAUAAAAAAUAAAUUAUAUCCACGUGAGUGCAUUAUUCCAAUUACGUACGCGAAAAAGAACGAUUCUGCACUUUUUAUUUCCACAUUUAAAUUUUUAUUGAGAUAUUCCGAAGUCAUGUUCCCGGGGCGUCUCCCGGAGAAACUGCGCGUCUCAAUUCUUUGCAUUGCAGCCACGUGAACAUCCCUCGCUUAUAAAUUCUACCGGAAUAACGUAGAAUCGCGUAGAAAAAUGCAUAUAUUCAUACCUACGCAUCAAGUGCAUUUAUGUGCAUCACUGUUUAUAUCAUAUAUAUUGUAAUCGGAAAAAUCUAUAUUCUCUUCCAAUAUCUGCAUUUUUCGAUAACAACGAUUUAUUUAAAACAAACAAAUGGUUUAUUUUUAGAGAAACGUUCCUUCUUUCUGUGAAGGAUACGCUGUAGUAUCUCACUUA